UCUUCACUCCCUUCCCUGCUACUCCCUCUACCUCCAUGAGAGAGCGCUCUUGAAACUCUGCUUCUUUCUUCCUGCCAUAAAAAUGCUCUCUCAAUCUCACUUUCUCUCUCUAAGCUCUGCUUCUCGUUCCCCUCUCUCUCCAAAUUUUAGGGCUUCCAGUUCUGCAUCAUCAUUGUCGUCACCAUCAUCAACCUUAGCUUUGGCUAAAUCUCCCCGAAUCAUCUCGAUGACUGCAACGAGGUCCUCACUCUCGAAUGGAAUUGCUGCUGUUACGGGCUCUGAGCAUGCCGAUUCUGAACUUGAUCACUUCGCCGAUAUUGCCAACAAAUUAGCCGACGCCGCCGGCGAUGUCAUCCGCAAAUAUUUCCGCAAGAGAUUUGACAUCCUCGAUAAAGAAGAUUUAAGUCCGGUGACAAUAGCUGAUAGAGCUGCAGAGGAAGCAAUGAUUUUGAUUAUACAAGAGAAUUUGCCUUCUCAUGCAAUUUAUGGGGAAGAGAAUGGUUGGCAGUGUAAAGAGAAAUCUGCUGAUUAUGUGUGGGUUUUAGAUCCAAUUGAUGGGACAAAGAGUUUUAUUACAGGCAAACCCUUGUUUGGCACCCUCAUUGCUUUACUGGACAGAGGUAAACCGAUUCUUGGCAUAAUUGAUCAGCCUGUUUUACGAGAACGAUGGGUUGGUAUAACUGGAAGAACCACUAGACUAAAUGGAGAAGAAGUAUCCACUCGCAGCUGUUCAGAGCUUUCACAAGCAUAUCUGUAUACAACUAGUCCACAUCUAUUUAGUGCAGAUGCCGAAGUGGCCUUUGCUAGAGUGAGAGAUAAGGUAAAAAUACCGCUAUAUGGAUGCGACUGUUAUGCAUAUGCACUUCUGGCCUCUGGGCACGUUGAUCUUGUAGUCGAGUCUGGUCUAAAGCCAUACGAUUUCCUUUCGCUGAUACCGGUGAUAGAAGGAGCUGGUGGAGUAAUAACUGAUUGGAAAGGAAACCACCUUUCCUGGGAGGCUUCUUCCAACUCACAACCAACAAGUUUUAACGUAGUGGCAGCUGGGGACAAACAACUUCACAAACAAACCUUGGAUUGUUUAGAGUGGCAGUAACUUUCAAUAUUUUACUCUCCCUUUCAUUGUUUUGAAUGCCAGUAACUUUCAAUAUUUUACUCUCCCUUUCAUUGUUUUGAGUGCCAGUAACUUUCAACAUUUUUUUACUCAUGGCUGCAUUGGUAUUUAACAUUUUUGUGUGUAAUGGGCAAGUUGCAUGUUCUGUGAGUUGAAUUUUACUUCAAUUUGAAACAAAAUCAUAUUUACAUA